ACAACAUGGCGACGUCUGUGGGGCCGACUCCUGUGGGCACGACCCCCUUGGGGUUGACCCCCGCGGGAACCACGCCCGAGUCGGAGAGAGAUGAUGAAUUCCAGGAGCAUGAGAAGAUUCUGUCUCCAGAUUUUCUUUCAGUUGCUCAAAUCACUGAUUUGCUAACUGAGGACGCAGCUGGAGUUCAAGCAAAACUGGGAAUGUUUUUGAAAUUCAAGAAUGUUCAAACUUGUUUGAAGGAUGCCAUUAUACUUGAUUAUUAUGUGUCUGGAUUUUUGUGGGCCAGAGGAAUGGAGUUUUCUACUGUUCAACAUUCAAAAUUUAUGACUUUACUAGAUAUGUUACUUCAAAAUCUUAAAACUCUACAUAUGUCAUUGGAAGACAGUCUAAAAUGGCUUGGGGAAGUUAUGGCGGAAAUUGGACCAGCCCACUUAGAAAAAAAUGAAGAAUGGAAUUUAUUUGAUGUAAAACAAGCCAAUGCCAUCAUUGAUUACUUACAGAUCAGCUUAUUUCAACACUACAAGCUGUAUGAGUUUAUGUUUUACUUUACCAGAGAAGAAAUUGUGAUCGGAACUGAGCAAGUAAUAGAGGUUGUCAAGCCUGUAGGUCACCCUUUCCCAGAUCCUCUGGAAGAAGGAAUCUCAUAUGACAUCUACUCAACAUUCAUAGAGCCACCUCCAGCGCUGGAAACAGAAACUAAGGUUUUGCCUCAAGAACAAGGCCCUGAGGAUUCCCAGCUGGAAACUGCCACUUCAGACACGGAUCUUUUGGUCGGUUUCACCAUUGAAGAUGUGAAAUCAGCGUUGGGUCAAGUCACAGAUGACGUUUUAAUCAGCAUCCAGAGCGAGAUAAACGAAAAGCUGCAAAUACAGGAAGAGGCCUUUAAUGCACGAAUAGAAAAACUGAAAAAGGCCUGAGGACUCAGUGCGAGCAGAGUGGUGCUAAACUUCACAGAAACAAACACCACCAUCCAGCAUAAUAGACUCUCUAAAGCAGCCUAUCUCCUUCAUUUAGCUGUGAAAGAAAAACCAAGCCCCGCUUUUUACUAUCCUAAGUAAUUAGAAAAGUAUUGGCCCCAAUUUUGCUAUCUCCUGUCCCAUAACAGUCUCUGAAUUUACUGCACCAAAUGUAAUAAGAACAUUUUGUAUACAAGAGUUCAGAGAACUAAACAAAAUAAUAUAAUUAUUUUUAUGAUAGUCCCUUGACAUUUUGACUAAUAAACACUAUUCAUCUUCAGUGUAAAAGAAGCCAACUUUUUAAAUAACCAGAAAUAACAAAAAAUAAUAAUUUUAUCCAGACAGAUGCAAAUGAACUUUGGAGUUACUGGAGCACUGUAACAAGA